AUGCAAGCGCCGCCUUCGAACAAGCUUCUGCAGCUGAUCAAUACCGCCACGGGCCUUCCAACUCUGGCCGAUGCCAUGGAUCCAUCCAACUUCCCCUUUAUCGAGUCGGCCAGAUUGGCGAAACCAAUGAACUGGGGCAUUAUCAAGCUGAGAAACAUUCCGUUUUCCUCUACUCGUGCCGAAGUGAUUGCUUUCCUCGGCCGCAAUUCCAAGGUUUUGAAUGACACAGACGAAGGUGUGCACAUUAUCAUGGACAAGGUGACGAGCAAGACUAUGGACGCCUAUGUCGAGUUUGUGUCUCUUGAAGAUGCAAUGAGGGCGGUCGAGAGACACCGAGCCAAUGUUGUCGCCGGCCGAUUCAGUCGCCUGGGCGAUCGUCCCAUCGAAGUGGAGGUGACCUCUCAGGCCAACCUCAUGAAGGAUCUCUUCCCAAUCGCUCGCGGUGUCUUUUGGAAUGGUGUCACCCCCGAGAUUAUGCCUUUUAAUCCCAAUUGCCCUUGGGAUAAUUUCAAGGGCUUCAUCUCCGAGGAGGAGAUGAUUAUGCUUGUCAAACACGUCGAGGUGCCUCAUCGAUCUCCCUUUUCUAGGGAUUGCCCGCAGCGCCCUUAUGAGUGCUUGAUCAGCACUAUCAAGAAAUUUCCGUGGUUCCUCACCGAUUGCGUAACGAUCAAAGAACGAGAGGCCAUCUACCAGGCUACCCUUGCGCUUAUUCGUCAACUUACUCGAAGCAUUCUUUUCCAGGAAGAUGCCGCGCACUUGACUCCCUUCUUGCUCCGGCGCCUUGUUCAAGCAGCCAUGCUUUGCCCUGGCUUCACGCCAUGCAUGAAGGACGGAAUCGCUUGGAUCACUAACAUGCAAGCGCUCGAUCAAGAAUACUACCAGCUGCCGCGUUUCGCGGACCGCUGGCGCCAUCAGUAUGCCAUUGGCCCAAAGCCUGGUUUCCCUCUCGAUAUUGUUGAGUGGUAUGUUGCGAUCAUUCGUGAGCAAACUCACAAGGAUAUCUUCGCCCUGCCUCUCCGAGAGCGUACUGGGCUUCAAGAGCGUGCCGAGCAGACAGACAUGUACUGGGGCUAUUUCUGGGCCGAAGUAGGAUACAUCCUGGGGCCACAGUUCGAUGACAUGACGUUGGCGCAGGCGGCUCACAUGGAGUUUUCGGCUGUGGAGCGUAUCCUUACGCGUGCCUUUACUCAAGUCUAA